CUCUCUUCCGGCCCCUCACGCAUUCGCCGCCGCCGCUGCUACACAAGUCAAACCUAAGCACGUGAGAGACAGAGAGUGAGAGGCAGAAACAGAGGCAGCGCCGCGGGCGGAUCCGAAUGGCUUACGGACCUUUCCUUGCCCGCUUCGUUUCCAGCGGUUUAGCGGCGUCACUGUCUCCUAGUGCGCAGGCGCUCCAGCGUUGGUGUUACCCAACCAGGAGCCGAGGCUCCUCCUCAGCAUUUUCGCUCGCCUGGAAGCGGGAGGGGGCGGCAGCGGCGGCGGCAGCAGCGCCAGUACGCGAGAGCGGGAGGAAGAGAAGGAGGGCAAGGUGGAGCGCGCGUGCGCAGUGGGCGCCCCGUUCUCAGAGUCUACCGGUGGAAGGAGGGCGGCAGCGGCAGCCCCAGCAGGACAGCGCGCGGUCGCGUCAGGCCCUCUCCCUUGCUUUCUCUUGGUCGGGGCAGGCGCGGCGCGCGCAGCCUCCUCCUCCUCCUCCCAUUUUCCGUCCCCUCCGCCUCCUGUCAGCGGGAGGUUGCUGCCGCCCCCUCAGUGCGCGCGCGCGCUGGGCCUCCCCGUUCGCCUCAGCAGCCUCAGCAGCAGCAGCAGCAGCAGCAGGAGGACUAGCCACCGCCUCCUUUUCAACCUCCACCGCCGCCACCACCAGCCUCACCACUACCAUCUCCUCCUCCUCCUGUCCAGUUGCUACGAUGCCGGAGAAGCGGCCCUUCGAGCGGCUCCCGGCCGAAGUGCGCCCCAUCAAUUACGGGCUGUGUCUCAAGCCCGACCUUGUUGACUUCACCUUCGAGGGAAAACUCGAGGCCGCCGUGGAGGUGAAGCAUGCAACCAACCAGAUUGUGAUGAAUUGUGCUGAUAUCGACAUUAUUACAGCUUCCUAUGCACCAGAAGGAGAUGAAGAAAUCCAUGCCACGGGAUUCAACUACCAAAAUGAAGAUGAAAAAGUGACUCUGUCUUUUCCGAGCACACUUCAGAAAGGGAUGGGAACCUUAAAAAUAGAUUUUGUUGGUGAAUUGAAUGAUAAAAUGAAAGGCUUCUAUCGAAGUAAAUACACAACACCUUCUGGAGAUACUCAUUUUGCUGCUGUUACCCAAUUUGAGGCCACAGAUGCUCGCAGGGCCUUUCCUUGCUGGGACGAGCCGGCCAUCAAGGCAACUUUUGAUAUCUCACUGGUGGUUCCUAAAGACAGGGUAGCUUUGUCCAAUAUGAAUAUCACUGAUCGGAGGCCUUACCCUGAUGAUGAAAACCUGGUGGAAGUCAAGUUUGCCCGUACUCCAGUGAUGUCAACCUAUCUUGUGGCUUUUGUGGUUGGAGAAUAUGACUUUGUUGAGACCAGGUCAACUGAUGGUGUGUUAGUCCGUGUUUAUACCCCUGUUGGCAAAGCAGAACAAGGAAAGUUUGCAUUAGAGGUUGCUGCUAAAACUCUACCUUUUUAUAAGGAUUAUUUCAAUGUUCCUUACCCUCUCCCUAAAAUUGAUCUCAUAGCUAUCGCAGACUUUGCAGCUGGUGCCAUGGAGAACUGGGGCCUUGUUACUUAUAGGGAAACAGCACUGCUGAUUGAUCCCAAAAACUCCUGUUCUUCCUCUCGCCAGUGGGUGGCUCUUGUGGUUGGUCACGAACUUGCUCACCAGUGGUUUGGAAACCUUGUGACUAUGGAAUGGUGGACCCAUCUGUGGCUGAAUGAAGGCUUUGCAUCCUGGAUUGAGUAUCUUUGUGUAGACCAUUGCUUUCCAGAGUACGAUAUCUGGACGCAGUUUGUUUCUGCUGAUUAUACACGAGCUCAGGAGCUAGAUGCCUUAGACAACAGUCAUCCUAUUGAAGUCAGUGUGGGCCAUCCUUCUGAAGUAGAUGAAAUAUUUGAUGCAAUUUCUUAUAGCAAGGGUGCAUCAGUAAUCCGAAUGCUACAUGACUAUAUUGGAGAUGAGGAUUUCCGAAAAGGAAUGCACCUAUAUCUUACCAAGUUCCAACACAAUAAUGCAGCUACAGAGGACCUUUGGGAAAGCCUGGAAUAUGCUAGUGGCAAACCUAUUGCUGCUGUGAUGAAUACUUGGACCAAGCAAAUGGGGUUUCCACUUGUUUAUGUGGAAGCAGAGCAGCAAGAAGAUGACAAAGUGUUGAAGCUAGUCCAGAAGAAAUUUUGUGCCAGCGGACCAUACAGUGGCAUUCUUUUCUUUCAUACAGGGGAGGAUUACCCUCUGUGGAUGAUUCCUAUCAGUAUCUGUACAAGUGAAGACCCAACUCAUGCCAAAAUCCAAGUGCUGAUGGACAAGCCUGAGUUAACCCUGGUUUUGAAAGACGUGAAGCCAGAAGAGUGGGUGAAGCUAAACCUAGGAACAGUAGGGUUUUAUCGUACACAGUACAGUUCCAGCAUGCUGGAGAACUUACUCCCAGCUAUCCGGGACCUCUCUUUACCCCCUGUGGACAGGCUUGGAUUGCAGAAUGAUCUCUUUUCUCUGGCCCGAGCUGGAAUUAUUAGCACUGUAGAGGUUCUAAAAGUCAUGGAAGCAUUUGUGAAUGAGCCCAACUAUACCGUGUGGAGCGACCUGAGCUGUAACCUGGGGAUUCUCUCAACUCUCUUGUCCCACACAGACUUCUAUGAGGAGAUCCAGGCGUUCGUCCGUGAUAUCUUUUCACCCAUAGGAGAAAAGCUGGGUUGGGACCCUAAGCCUGGCGAGGGCCAUCUGGAUGCACUUCUGAGGGGUUUAGUUUUGGGCAAGCUAGGAAAAGCCGGUCAUAAGGCAACACUGGAAGAAGCUCGGCGUCGGUUUAAAGACCAUGUGGAAGGGAAGCAUAUCCUGUCUGCUGAUUUGAGAAGUCCUGUGUAUGUUACUGUUUUAAAGCAUGGUGACAGUACAACCUUAGAUACAAUGCUAAAGCUCCACAAGCAAGCUGAUAUGCAGGAAGAGAAGAACCGAAUAGAGCGUGUACUUGGAGCAAUAUCUCAGCCAGAGUUAAUACAGAAAGUUCUCACUUUUGCACUUUCAGAAGAGGUACGUCCCCAGGAUACAGUGUCUGUCAUUGGUGGAGUUGCUGGAAGCAGCAAGCAGGGCAGGAAAGCUGCCUGGAAGUUUGUCAGAGACAACUGGGAAGAGCUGUAUAAUCGCUAUCAGGGAGGCUUCUUAAUAUCCAGGCUAAUAAAGCUAUCAGUGGAUGGGUUUGCAAUUGACAAAAUGGCUGCAGAGGUUAAGGCUUUCUUUGAGAGUCAUCCUGCUCCGUCAGCUGAACGCACAAUCCAGCAGUGCUGUGAAAACAUUCUGUUGAAUGCUGCAUGGCUGAAGCGUGAUGCUGAAAAUGUCCACCAGUACCUCCUGCAGCGUAAGGCCUCACCAACUGCUGUGUGAGCUUACCCUCACCCACCUCAGACAUCCCAACUGCUAUGGCCCAACUGCCUCGGUGCGAGGAUGAGGAGCUGCUAUCCAACAGCCGAAUAAUACGCCAAGGAAAUUGGAGUCUUUUCUCAAACCAGUGGAGAUUGGACAAUGAAUGUAGUUAACUGGUUCCUGCUCACACUCCAGAACUAAAUUCUAUUUAAAAAAUUAUCAACAAUUCAGCAAAAAGCAAACAAAAACAACCACCCUGUAAAUAUAAUAGUAAUAAAAUAGAGCAUAACAAAACUGUGAAAAUUCCUUAAGCCUUUGUCAGUGGUCAAAAUAUUUAACACCUACCCCUUCCUUACGCCUACUGAUAAAUGAUUUUUUUAACCAUUCCUCUCCCUUUUUCUAAAAAAAGAAAGAAAGAAAAGCAGCAGGGAAAUCAGAGGCACGUUGAAUUCUAUGGUGAGUUGAGGGCAGGAAUGGGUUAACGCCUCUGAGCAUGCCAGAGAGCACACUACAAGACGGCAAAAAACACAAGCGUGUUGAAUGGUUCAAUUAUGAAAGACAGCUUGGUAUAAUUUAGUGUGUAUACUGAGGUGAGGGUUUCUGGGAGACAUUCUGUAAUCUUGGUUCUUAUUUGAAGGCUUGUAAGAAUCCCGCCCUUCCCAAUCCUUUCUCUCAUUGUCUUUUGGGAGGGGAGAAAUAAACCAUUCUGUCUCUA